GCAACGUCCCUGUACCCUCGACACACUUGCAGUUCCUUCAUAUUCCUGUCUCCUAACCGAACGAGCUUCUUCAAAGCAUUCUCAUCGGUUAAAUACCCAAUGUCCCGCAGACGUUACUGAAGAUCUUCACCCUGAGAAACACGAUCCCCUCCACGUUAAACAGGGGUCUGAGUUGGAGAUGCCGUUUAUCAAACAAGAAGCGGAGCCAGUUACCCCCGACAUUAAAGAAGAAGAACAGGAAGAAGAACUCUUUCCAGUGACCGUCAAUGUGAAGAGUGAAGAAGAUGAAGGACCAAGCGAGGAGAGCAAAGCAGUGAAACAAUCAAGCGUUGGCUCAUUUCAGCAUCUGACAACAAAAGGAGAGGGACAGUCGCAACGGGACGACCUCUUAGCUCCGCUCUCGGACAGCGACGACAUUACAUCACACUCUUCUGACUUAAACUCUGAUGAGGAGGAUGUUGACUUUGACCAAAAUGCUUGUAAAUCCUUCAAGUCAUCAUUGAAAAGACACACAAAAGAAUAUGCGGGUGGGAAACCUUUUCCCUGCUCACAAUGCGAUAAACGAUUUUCUCGGAAGACUAAUUUAGAAGUGCAUAAGCGUACACACCCCGCAGAAAAACCUUUUGUCUGCACACAUUGUGGUAAAAGAUUCGCCGAGAAGGGAAAUUUAAACCAACAUGUAAGCACACACAGCGAAGAGAAGCCUUUCGCCUGCUCCGUAUGUGAGAAAACAUUUUAUUUUCAGUCUCAGCUGACAACACACACCCGUAAACACACUGGAGAGAAACCUUUCGCCUGCACGCUAUGCGAUAAAAGAUUUUCUCUGAAAAAUGAUUUAAAAACGCAUAUGCGCACACACACUGGAGAGAAACCUUUUGUCUGCACUUGUUGUGGUAAAAGAUUCACCGAUAAGAAAAAUUUAAACAAACACACAAAAAUCCACACUGGAGAGAAGCCUUUUGCAUGCACGCUUUGCGACAAAGGAUUUUAUCGGAAGACUCAUUUAGAAGGGCAUCAGCGUACACACACUGGAGAAAAGCCUUUUGUCUGUACCUGUUGUGGUAAAAGAUUCACCCAGAAGAAAAAUUUAAACGGACACGCAAAAACCCACAAUGGAGAAAAGCCUUUCCUCUGCUCAGUUUGUGGUAAGAGAUUCAGAGAGAAGGGAAAUUUAAACAAACACGCAAGAACACACAUCGAUGAGCCUUUCGCCUGCACACUUUGUGAGAAAAGAUUUCGUUGGAAGAUUCAAGUGACAAAACACAUGCGUACCCACAAUGGAGAAAAGCUUUUUUCCUGCUCAGUUUGUCAAAAAAGGUUCAGUCAGAAGGGAACUUUAAAUAGACACGUAAGAACACACACUGGAGAAAAACCUUUGAAUUGCAGUGUUUGACAAGAUAUUCAAAUUCCUGCCACACAUGUACUGUGGAAAUAGCUUUUCAAUUUUCUUUUUCAGUUUCCCUUGAGCCUCUUAUGAAAAAGAUGUUUAAAUGAUUUUGCAAGUCUUUGUCUUUUUCACAACUAUCCAAGAUAUAUGGUGGAAAACACUCAGGGGACUUGAAGUUCCGCUCUGAGACCCCCAAUUUGGCCAAAUUUCAAAAUUGUCCGAUAUCCAUGUGUGAUACAUCAUUGGAAAGCUUAAAAUCUCAAUUGUCUGGGGGAAGAACAUUUUUUAACAGGAGGGCAUUUAAAAAAAAAAAUUUUAACAGCAAAACCCUAUCUGGAGGUGAGAGCACGCGAGAGCAGAAUUACAGACGCCAUGACUUUAACGAGAUAUUAUCGUGUACUUACCUUGUUUCCAUCCAAAAACUCCCAUGUUGCAUGUAUCACAGAGUGUCAAGGCACAGCUGUGAAUGGCCACAGCUGGAUUUUUUUGGGGAUUUAAUGGGUGAAAAACGGUAAUAUAACAAGAGUCGCAAUGCAGAAAUCGCAGACAUCAAGGAGUGGUCAAGAUUUUCUUUUUCAUAUAUUUAGCCUUUUAAACGUUUUUUUUCUUUGUUUGGAUCGAUUAUUUAUCAUCUAAUCCAGGAUUCACUAAAUCUGGACCUCGGUGCCACUUUUCCUGUCGUGUUUUCCAUUUCUCCCUCCGUCAACACACCUGAAUAAAAAUAAUCAGGAUCAUUAUCAGGCUUCCGGAGAGGUUUCUGAUUACAUAAUAAUUUGAUUCAGGUGUGUUAGGGGAGAGAGACGUGGAAAACACGACAGGAAAAGUGGCACCGAGGUCCGGAUUUAGUGAACCCUGAUCUAAUAUAUUUGGGGAAAUGCGACAGUAAUGGAAAAAUUACAAUUAAGCGAUAGUUGUGAGGUAGAUACUUUUGACUUUUUUACAGACGCCAAUUUUUUAAUUGUGACGUAAUUUGUUUAAAGUUUAAAAUAUACGAGUGAAUCAUUUUUCAAAGUCGUUUUUUAAUACUAAAUAUUAAUGAUCAAUGAUUCUAAGCUAAAAAUGACAGACAUUUCAAAUAAUAAAUACGAUUACUUACCUUUUUUUUAUGGCUAGGUUGAAACAAAAGCGGUUGUGCGAUGUCUGUAAACGGGGGUUUCCAGGGUAAAAGGGGCAAAUUGAAAAUAGUUGGGGGCUUAAUGGGUCAUGAAUCUGCUAUGGCAGCAUAUAGACAUUAGGGGUGUGACAAAAUAUCGAAAUGGUGAUAUAUCGUGAUACUUUGUAUCCCAAAAGGUUAUCAAUAUGCUCGUUUUAAAUAUAUAUAUAUAUAUAUAUAUAUCGUUUUAAAAAAGUGGUAAUGUUUAAAAAAGAAAAAAAGGGACCAACAAGUUGCUACCAAAACCUUCCACCAUAAUAGUGUCCCAGGGCUGCCAUUGACGGUGCUCGACGCCCAAUCCAUUUAGACUGGGAACGUUCGCUCAUUCAAAAUAGGGCUACAGCUAUCGAUUAUUUUAGUAGUCGAUUAAUUGAUGAACUAUUUAGUUCAAAUAAUCGAGUAAAAGGAUAAGGAACAUAAAAAAUUAAAAUACCUGAGCUGAGCCUCACACGGUAUAGACAUAUAUAUGUGUAUAUAU